AUGCUGUUUACCAAUCGGCUCGGCGUUUCUUUCAUUCACUUCUCAGCCAGGACAGCAGGCAGCAGCGCAUCACUUGGGCAAUUCAGCUUCGCUUUCGCCUUUCAUCCCCUCGAUAUCGAUUGCACCUUCCUGAACGCCUGUUAUAUUCUGAUAACCAUUUUGUGGCAAACUUACACAAUGGCAAAGAGACUUCUUGGAUCCCAGCUAUUCGUGAGCAGAUUGUCAUUUUACACUACACAUAAGGACUUGAAGAGGUUGUUUUCACCUUUUGGUGCAAUCACUGAAGCUAGACUUGUUUUGGAUUCAAGAACUCAGAGGCCUAAAGGGUUCGGUUUUGUUACAUUUGAAUCAGAUGUUGAUGCCCAAAAUGCAAUGAAAGCCAUGAAUGGGAAGAUUGUGAAUGGUGGAUUGAUUUUUGUUGAGGUUGCCAAGACUCAAACGCCCCAAGAUGAUAAUGACACUCUUAGAUAAUUAUUAUACAAAUGAUUAUGUGAAAUGUUACUUCUGAUGAUCAUUGUUGUUCUAUAAUUACCAGUUGUAUACCUGUUAUAAUCUGAAUUUUAGUAAAUCUGAAAGAUAUGUAUAUUUGUUCCAUUUUCUGUU